AUGACAAAUAAAGUUAUACUAUUUAUUUUUAUUGAAAUAUUUACAAACUUUUGGGCUUCGGUAUUUACUAUGAGUAUCAGUGAGUCAAUCAACAAGUGCGCUGAAUUAAGACAGAGAUGCAAUCCAAAUUCUCAACAACCUUGCUGUAACCCAAACGAAGUAUGCGUGAACAAACUACGGGAUCAACUUGAUACUUUUAACUUUAUAUGUCUUAAAAAAGGUGUGUUGGACAAUUCUUGUAAAAGAUCGCUGGACUGCGAAGCAAUAAUCGGAGCAAAAUGCUCGGAAAAUGGACACUGUGUAUGCAAGAAACAAACUGCGGAGUACAAUGAAACAAUUUGCUUACAUUAUUCAUCAACUAAUCGUCUAAUUGAUGAACUUAUGGAUAAUCACUAUUAUUUCAAUGAAGUAUAUUAUUUAAAAAAUAAUUAUUCAUCCAAAACUGGGUGUCAAAGAGUAUCAAACACCAAUUAUGGCGAAUCUUGUAGUACUGAUCUACAAUGCUUGGAAAACAAUCAUAAGAAUCUUAAAUGCAUAAAUCGAGAAUGUAGAUGUCCUAAUGGUACGCAAUUUAUUUUGGACUUAUUGGCUUGUAAAAGUAGCUUGCGUGGUGUUGGUAAAUCAUGUUUAAUCAACAGAAAGUGUUUAGUUGAAAAUUCAUACUGUAACCGCUUUGGAAUUUGUAAAUGUAAAAACAAUUAUUAUUACACUGCUGCAGAUAAAUGCGAACUAUUACAAUCCAGAUAUAACUGCAGUAGAAGCAAUGCAAAUUCACUUACAGAUAACAAGACUUUUUAUAAACCAGCGCAAAAACCAAAUGAUCCGUGUUUCAGUAAUACGGAUUGUAAGAACGUCAAAUACACUUCUUGUCAAUUGAAGGUCUGUAAAUGUUUGAAAAAUUUUUAUAUAUCUGAAAAAACUGGAAAUUGCACGCGUUAUGCAAAACAACCUAACGGUCGGUGCAUUGAAGAGAGAGGUUGUUGGAGAGUCGACAAUUCUAAUUGCAAAUUGGGAAAAUGUCAAUGCAAGGACAAUUUUCCUUUUAAUCCGUCCACGAAAAAAUGCGAACUGAUUUUGAGUAGAAAGUGUUCACAAAAUUCAGAUUGUGAUGAAUUGAAAAAUAUCAUUUGUAGCAAAGGAAAAUGCGUUUGCAAUGUAAAUUACUUUGAGAAAAAUGGCACUUGUAUCGUGGGUAUCAAUGGAUUCUGUAACGAACUUGAGGAAUGUUUUGUGGAACAUACAAUAUGCGAAGAUAACAAAUGUCAAUGUACAACAAAUUUCUAUGCGUCAAAAAAUGAAUCUUUUUGUAUUCCAAAAGCUAAGUCUUUAUAUGAUUACUGCGAAAAAGAUGAGGGCUGCCAAGCAUUAGCCAAUGCAGUAUGUAUCGACAACAAGUGCAAGUGCAAAUCAACAUUCAUUGAUAAAGAAGGAAAAUGUAGGCCGUUGGAUUAUUGCGAAACUAAAAGCGACUAUAUCGGAAGCUCGUGCGAAAACGGCAAAAGAUGCGAGCGUUUGAAAAACACAAAAUGUAAUGAAGAAAAAAAGUGUGCUUGCAUUGAAGAUUAUUAUGAGAUUGACAAUCAAUGUAAAGGAUUAAUCGAUGCGAAGUGUUCAGAAAAUUCUGACUGUGCAGACAAUAAUUCCAUUUGCGAAUUUAAUAAAUGUCAAUGUUUGCAAAAUUUUUAUUCGUCGGCGGACAAAAAAGAAUGCAGAAAAUAUGCAAAUCAUGUAAACGAACCUUGUGAAGAAAAUGACGACUGCGUUAAAGUAAAAAAUUCAAAAUGUUCUGAACACGAUAAAUGCGUUUGCAAAAGAGACUAUUUUGAAAAAGAAGGCGAAUGUAAAGCUUUACUUGGUGUAAAUUGUACAAAAGAUUCAGAGUGCGGAUCCAAUAAUGCUCGAUGUGAAUCUAGUAGGUGUGUUUGUUCUGCUGGGUUUUUUCCAUCUCCGAAUAAAGAAGAAUGUAUCAAAUAUGCAACUAGCUUGAAUGAUUAUUGUGAGUCCAACAAUUAUUGCAAAAAUAUCAAGUACACAUAUUGCAUGGACAAUAAAUGCGUAUGCGUGUCAAACUAUAUUGAAAUGGAUGGAAAAUGUAAAGGGCUUUUUGGUGAAAGUUGUUUAGAAGACACAGAUUGCAUUGUUAAUAACUCAAAAUGUGAAGAAAAUAUUUGCCAAUGUCCUGUUGAUUAUUAUGUAUCUGAAAAUAAAGACAGAUGUUACCGAUACGCGGAAGAACUGACUACUUUUUGUGAAAGUAAUAUUGGUUGUAAAAAUCUAAAGUUUACAGUAUGUUCCAAAAAUAAGCAGUGUGUAUGUUUGCCUAACUAUGUAGCUAUAGAAGAAAUCUGUCGAGGAUUAAUUGGUUCCAAUUGUUCUGAAGAUGAAGAUUGUGCAAUUGACGAAUCGAUUUGUAAAUCUGAGAUUUGUCAAUGCGGUGUUAGUUUUUAUUUAUCUAAACAUAAAGAUAAAUGCUAUCCAUAUGCUGGAGAAAUUGAUAGUUUUUGUGAAAGCAGUAUUGGUUGCAGAGAUCUGAAUUACACAUUAUGUUCUGAGAAUAAUACAUGCGCAUGUUUGGAAAAUUAUACUGUCGUUGAUGGAUAUUGUCGUGGAUUAAUUGAGGCGAAAUGUUUUAAUGAUUUGGAUUGUGCUGUGGAGAAUUCUGUGUGUAAAGCAGGCUUAUGUCAAUGUCCUACUGAUUUUUAUCUUUCAACGAAUAAAACAAAAUGCUAUCCGUACGCUAGAGAACUUGGCGAUUUUUGCGAAAGCAGUAUCGGUUGCAGAGAUCUAAAAUAUACAGAUUGCGUUGGAAAAAACCAGUGUGAUUGUUUGCCUAACUACACAGUGAUAGAAGGACAUUGCAAAGCUUUAAUUGGUUCAAAUUGUUCUGAAGAUUUUGACUGCAUAGUAGAGAGAUCAGUUUGCAAAUUGAAUAUUUGUCAAUGUUCUGAUGAUGAAUAUCUGUCUGCUAACAGAGAGAGAUGUUAUCCAUACGCUAAAAAUUUAAAUGAUUUCUGCGAAGACAAUGCUGGAUGUCGUGAUCUUAAGUACAGUCAAUGCGUGGAAAAUAACAAAUGUGUCUGUUUGGAUCACUACAUACAAGUAGAUGAUUAUUGUCGCGGACUGAUUGAGGCAAAUUGCUCGAAUAAUUCAGAUUGCGCAGUAGAUCAUUCAUAUUGCGACGAAUCUGAUACUUGUCGAUGUUUCGAUAACUUUUAUCAAUCUGAGAACAGAGGAGAAUGUUAUUCACUGGCUCAAAAAAUCGGUGAUUUUUGUGAAACUAAUAUAGGAUGUCGAGAACUUGAAUUCACUGACUGUUUCGAAAACAAGUGCGUUUGUUUGUCAAACUACACUGAAGUGGAUGAUCGUUGCCGAGGAGUUAUAAAUGCAAAGUGCUUUAAAAAUUCAGACUGCGCAACAAAAAACUCUGUUUGUGAAGCCAACACUUGUCGUUGUUCCGUUGGUUUUUACCUUUCUACAGACAGAACCCAAUGUCAUCCGUUGGCUAAACAAAUCAAUGACUUCUGCGAAACCGAAUUUGGUUGUCGUGAUCUCCGAUUUACGAAUUGUUCAACAGAUAAAAAAUGUGUGUGUCUACAAAAUUAUACUAAAAUAGAUGAUAGUUGCCGUGGAUUCAUACAUGAAAAUUGUUUUGAUGCUUCUGAUUGCGCAGCGAAAAAUUCUAUUUGUAAGUCAAACACUUGUCAAUGUCCUGAUGAUUUUUACCUUUCUGCCGAUGAAAGAAAGUGUCAUCCAUUCGCAAAAGAAAUAAAUGACUUUUGCGAAACUGAUUUUGCUUGUCAUGAUCUGAAAUUCACAUCUUGCUCCGCGCUCAACAAAUGUACUUGCUUGCCGACUCACAUUGUCAUAAACGGGCAUUGCCGUGGUCUUAUAAAUGCAAAAUGCUUCAAAUACUCAGAUUGCGCAACUGAAAAUUCAGUCUGUGAGUCAAGUACCUGUCAAUGCUCCGAUGAUUUUUAUCUUUCCUUAGAUGAGAAACGAUGUUACCAAUUCGCUAAGCAUGUCAAUGACUUUUGUGAGACUCAUAUCAGCUGUCGUAAUCUUAAAUUUACGUCUUGCUCUCAAAACAAUAAGUGUACUUGUUUAUCAACUCACUUAGAAAUAAACAGGCAUUGCCGAGGUGUAAUGGGUUCUUCAUGUUUUGAAAAUGAUGACUGUGCAGCAAUUAACGCCAUUUGUGAUAAAUCGAAAACUUGCCAGUGUCCUCCUGAGCUUUAUCGUUCAAGAACCGAAUUGGAGUGUUACCCGUUCGCCAACAGGUACAACGACUUCUGUGAAAUUGACAUAGGGUGUCGUAAUCUAAAAUAUACUCACUGCUCUGAAGACUAUCGAUGUAUUUGUUCACAAAACUACACCGAAAUCGACGGCCGUUGUAGUGGUUUAAUUAAUGCUUCAUGUUCUGAAGAUCCUGACUGCGCAAUUGCUAAUUCAAUUUGUAGUGAAUCGAACACUUAAAUUCAUGAUUUUUGUGAAGACGAUAGCAGCUGCCGUAAUGUGCCGUUUACUUAUUGUUCAGUAAACAACAAAUGCGCUUGCUUACCAAAUUAUAGUCAAAUAGACGAUAAUUGCCGUGCUCCUAUCAAUGAAUCUUGUUCAAAUAAUUCACAAUGCUCAGCUGAAAAUUCAAUUUGUGAAUCAAAUAUCUGCCAAUGCGGUGUCGAUUUUUACUUGUCUGAAAACCAAGACAAAUGUCAUCCUUACGCUCAACAACUCGAAAACUCAUGUGAGACUGAGCUAGGUUGCCGGAAUCUCAAAUACACUUACUGCUCGGAACAUGGAUGUGUUUGUAUAAAGAAUUACAUAGUAGUUAAUGGACACUGUCGAGGACUCAUCAGCGUGAAAUGCUCCGAUGACUCAGAUUGCGCAGUAGGAUAUUCGUACUGCGAUGAAUCGAAUACUUGUCAGUGUCCUGCUGAUCAUUACCUGUUGGUGGAGGAAGACAAGUGUUAUCCGUAUGCCAAACAACUUCAUGAUUUUUGUGAAAAUGAUGAUAGCUGCUACAAUCUCAACUUCUCAACUUGCUUUGAGAAUAAAUGCAUUUGUCCAGCAAACUAUACUGCAAUAGAUGGAAAUUGUCGGGGAUUCAACGGAGCUCAAUGUUAUGGAAGUUCAGAUUGCGUUGCUAGGAAUUCAAUCUGCCAAUCAAGUUUCUGCCAAUGUCCUCAAGAUUUUUAUCUAUCUGAGAGUCAAAAAGAGUGCUAUCAAUAUGCCAAAAAUCUUCACGAUUUCUGUGAAAAUGAUAUUGGAUGCUAUAAUCUCAACUUCUCAAUUUGCUUUGAGAAUAAAUGCAUUUGUCCAGCAAACUAUACUGUAAUAGACGGAAAUUGUCGGGGAUUCAACGGAGCUAAAUGUUAUAAAAAUUCAGAUUGCGUUGCUGGGAAUUCAAUCUGCGAGUUAAGUUUCUGCCAAUGUCCUCAAAAUUCUUAUCUAUCUGAGAACCGAAAAGAGUGCUAUCAAUAUGCCAAAAACCUUCAUGAUUUCUGUGAAACUGAUGAGAAUUGCUAUGAUAUCAACUUCUCUUAUUGUUAUGAAGGAAAAUGCUCAUGUAUAAUAAACUACGUAGAGAUAAAUGGAUCUUGUCUCGGACUGAUUGACUCAAAAUGUUCUGAUUAUUCAGAAUGUGCAGCAGAAAAUUCAAUAUGUAACCGAGAAGCAUGUCAAUGUUCUACCAAUUUUUACCCAUCUGUAAACAAUGACACGUGUUAUAAAUAUGCUGAAAAAUUAGGUGACGUGUGCGAAAUGAAUGCUGGUUGUCGGAAUUUGAAUUUCACAUUCUGCUCUGAAGACUAUCAAUGUAUAUGUUCUGAAUCCUACAUUGUGGUUAAUGAAAGCUGUCGUGGGCUCAACGAAGCAAAGUGUAAUGAAAAUUUGGAUUGUGCUGCUAAGAAUUCAAUCUGUGAUCAGUCAAGCACUUGUCAGUGUCCUAUUGAUAGAUACUUAUCUGCGGACAAGAGAAAAUGUUACUCAUAUGCUCGACAAUUGAGUGACUUCUGUGAAUACGAUGGAGGCUGCCGUGAGUUGAACUUCACAAAGUGUUCUGAAAGUCAAAGAUGUUCUUGUGCUGAAGGUUAUUUAGAUAUAGAUGGACGCUGCAAGGGACUGAUAAGAGCAAAUUGUUUCGAGGAUUCAGAUUGUGCAGUGGAGAAAUCUAUUUGCCACUUAGGCAAUUGUCAGUGUCCAAAUGAUUAUUACUUAUCUGAGAAUGGGAACAAAUGUUAUUUAUACGCAAAACAACUCAAUACUUUUUGUGAAACCGACCUCAGCUGUCGUGACUUUAAAUACUCAUACUGUUCUGAGAAUAACAUAUGCGCGUGUUUGGAAAAUUAUACUGUCGUUGAUGGAUAUUGUCGUGGAUUAAUUGAGGCGAAAUGUUUUAAUGAUUUGGAUUGUGCUGUGGAGAAUUCUGUGUGUAAAGCAGGCUUAUGUCAAUGUCCUACUGAUUUUUAUCUUUCAACGAAUAAAACAAAAUGCUAUCCGUACGCUAGAGAACUUGGCGAUUUUUGCGAAAGCAGUAUCGGUUGCAGAGAUCUAAAGUAUACAGAUUGCGUUGGAAAAAACCAGUGUGAUUGUUUGCCUAACUACACAGUGAUAGAAGGACAUUGCAAAGCUUUAAUUGGUUCAAAUUGUUCUGAAGAUUUUGAUUGCGUAGUAGAGAGAUCAGUUUGCAAAUUGAAUAUUUGUCAAUGCUCUGAUGAUGAAUAUCUGUCUGCUAACAGAGAGAGAUGUUAUCCAUACGCUAAAAAUUUAAAUGAUUUCUGCGAAGACAAUGCUGGAUGUCGUGAUCUUAAGUACAGUCAAUGCGUGGAAAAUAACAAAUGUGUCUGUUUGGAUCACUACAUACAAGUAGAUGAUUAUUGUCGCGGACUGAUUGAGGCAAAUUGCUCGAAUAAUUCAGAUUGCGCAGUAGAUCAUUCAUAUUGCGACGAAUCUGAUACUUGUCGAUGUUUCGAUAACUUUUAUCAAUCUGAGAACAGAGGAGAAUGUUAUUCACUGGCUCAAAAAAUCGGUGAUUUUUGUGAAACUAAUAUAGGAUGUCGAGAACUUGAAUUCACUGACUGUUUCGAAAACAAGUGCGUUUGUUUGUCAAACUACACUGAAGUGGAUGAUCGUUGCCGAGGAGUUAUAAAUGCAAAGUGCUUUAAAGAUUCAGACUGCGCAACAAAAAACUCUGUUUGUGAAGCCAACACUUGUCGUUGUUCCGUUGGUUUUUACCUUUCUACAGACAGAACCCAAUGUCAUCCGUUGGCUAAACAAAUCAAUGACUUCUGCGAAACCGAAUUUGGUUGCCGGGAUCUCCGAUUUACGAAUUGUUCAACAGAUAAAAAAUGUGUGUGUCUACAAAAUUAUACUGAAAUAGAUGAUAGUUGCCGUGGAUUCAUACAUGCAAAGUGUUUUGAAGCUUCUGAUUGCGCAGCGGAAAAUUCUAUUUGUAAGUCAAACACUUGUCAAUGUCCUGAUGAUUUUAAUCUUUCUUCCGAUGAAAGAAAGUGUCAUCCAUUCGCAAAAGAAAUGCAUGAUUUCUGUGAUACGGAUUUAAGUUGCCGCGAUCUUAGAUUCACAUUCUGCUCAGAAAACAAUAAAUGCACCUGUUUACCAAACUACACAAUCGUGAAUGAACAUUGUCGAGGUUUAAUUGGUUCAAAGUGUUUCAACGAUUCAGAUUGCGCAUUAACUAACUCAGUUUGUCACUCGAAUGCUUGUCAAUGCCGUACUGGCUUCUACGCAUCCGAAUCUAAGAACAACUGUCAUCGAUAUGCUAAGCAAUUUGGCGCGUUUUGCGAAAAUGACAACGCUUGCCGCAAUAUUCUUUAUACCCACUGCUCUAAGGACAACAGAUGUGUGUGUAACACGAGUUAUGUUCUAAUAGACAAUCACUGCCAGGGUUUCAUAGGAGCAAACUGUUCUAAAGAUUCAGACUGCGCCUUUGAAUACUCAUUUUGCGACAAGAAAAUUUGUAAAUGUCGCGAUGACUUUUACCUUUCCAUAAACGGACAAAGAUGUUAUGCCUAUGCUGAACGAAUCAACGAAUUCUGUGACUCUGACAUGGGUUGUCGUUAUUUAAACUACUCAUUCUGCUCAAAAAAUAACAAGUGCGUCUGCGUACCAAAUUAUACUCCAGUUGACGAACUUUGCCGUGGCCUAAAUGGAGCUGAAUGUUCCAAAGAUCUUGAUUGUGCAUUGAAUAAUUCUGCAUGCAAAGACAAUACGUGUCAAUGUCUCCCUGAUUUUUAUUUAUCUAAAACCGAAGAAAAAUGUUAUCAGUAUGCAAAACAAUUGAAUGAUUUUUGCGAAACUGACGAUGCGUGUCGUGAUCUCAAGUUUACGCAUUGCUUUGAAAAUAAAUGUACUUGCUUACCAAAUUAUGAAGCUAUAAAUGGACAUUGUCGUGGAUUGGUAGGUUCCAAAUGUUCCGAGACUUCUGAUUGCUUGUUGAAUUUUUCAACGUGCAAAUUUAAUGAAUGUCAGUGUUCCGAUGAGUUUUAUUUUUCACCAAGCUCACAAAAAUGCAUUUCAUUUGCUAAAAACCUCAACGAUUUCUGUGAAACUGACGACACUUGCCGUAACAUAAAAUUCUCUUAUUGCAAUAAGAAUAAACAAUGUACCUGUUUGCCAAACUACAUUGGAGAAAAUGACUAUUGCCGUGGACUGAUUGACGAAAAUUGCAUUAAAGAUUCUGAUUGUGCUGUAGAAAAUUCAAUUUGCAGCUCAAAUGUUUGUCAGUGCUCAGUUGACCACUACCCAUCAACGAACAAAGAAAAUUGUUUCAAAUACGCUUCAAAUAUCGAUGACUACUGCGAAGACAAUGAAGGUUGUCGAAAGAUAAAACACUCUUUCUGCUCGAAUAACAAAAACUGUACCUGUUUUUCUCCGUACAAAGAAAAUGAAGGGAAAUGCCUAGGAGUUUUCAAUGCUAGUUGCUACGAUGAUUCAGAUUGUGACAGUUUUUAUCAAUGUUCGUCUAAUCGUUGCUUAUGUCGAGAUGGCUUCACUUUUGAUGAUUACUACAAGUGCAUAUCGGUGAACCGAUAUUUAGGAGAGUCUUGCAUCGAUAAUGAUUAUUGCCGGGGAAUUGAACAUUCAUCCUGCGAUUCAGACUUCCGAUGCACUUGCGCAACGAAUUAUUUUAAUGUUAAUGGAAGUUGUCUUCAUUACAUGGGUACGUGUUGUUUAAAAGAUUCAAAUUGUGGGAUAAAAAAUUCAGUGUGUGAAAGAUAUCAUUGCCAAUGCAAGAAAAAUUAUUUUUUUCAUCCUUUUUAUCUCGAAUGUCAAAAAAAGUGA